AACAUUUCCUCAUAGUAUUUUUUGUGAGUGUCGCGUAUCGCUCGUUGUCGAUGUCGAACCUGCUUAAAUAUUCGGGCGUGUACUCAAUAAACAGGGAAUCAGUUGAAAGAAACUCACUAUUUACGUUUCUCAGCUAAACCUUUGCGCCAAGCCGUCGUGCAUUCUUAUUUACAGUUCGCAUCCUCCGUUCCACCACACCCCUACAGUACGAUCGUUCGGCGCUCGACUCGCGUGUUUAUUGCCGUGCUAAAUGCGAUUCCGUUAGGGGUGUGCUUUCAGUGUUUCGAGUGUUAUGUGUAGAAGCUAGCGGGCCAUGGUCGCUGCUCGGCAGUAGGGCUAGUGCGUCGGGUGGUGCUGUAGUGCAUUGAUGGGCGACGGUUGCUGCAGCAGCGAGGCGGCGCCCAGGCCGCUCCUACCUUCCUGGACAGUCGACGCCACAAUCCGUCACACUGGAACUGAUGGAAUUAGAGAAUAUCGUCGCAAACACCGUCUACUUGAAGGCCAGAGAAGGUGGCUCUGAUAGCAACAAGGGGAAGAGCAAAAAAUGGCGGAAGAUACUGCAGUUCCCUCACAUAUCACAAUGCUUAGAUAUAAAAACCAAAAUAGAUGUAGGCUACGACUACGUGGUGGACCAGCAGCCCAUCGGCAAGCUGCUGUUCCGCCAGUUCUGCGAGAAGAACCGCCCCGAGUACCACAAGUACAACAACUUUCUGGACGCGGCUGACAAGUACGAGGUGGAGUUGGACGAGGUGCGCGGCGCCCACGCCGUGGAACUAUUCGGCCGCUUCCUCAAGACCGACGACGAGGAUGCCGUCACUGACGUCAUCAGCCAGCCGGUCGUCGACCGAGCUAACGCUGCGCUUGAUGGGGCGGCCAAAGACCUGUUCACCGAGUGCAUGCGCUGCGUCAAGUCCUUCCUCGCCGGCCCGCCGUUCGCGGAGUUCGAGCGAUCCAUGUACUUCCACCGCUACCUGCAGUGGAAGUGGCUGGAGGCGCAGCCGGUCACGCAACAUACGUUCAGGAUGUACCGCGUGCUGGGCAAGGGCGGCUUCGGCGAGGUCUGCGCGUGCCAGGUGCGGGCGACGGGAAAAAUGUACGCUUGCAAGAAGCUCGAGAAGAAACGCAUCAAAAAGCGCAAAGGAGAAGCCAUGGUGUUGAUAGAGAAGCAGAUACUGCAGCGCAUCAACUCACGCUUCGUGGUGAACCUGGCCUACGCGUACGAGACCAAGGACGCGCUCUGUCUUGUUCUCACCAUCAUGAACGGAGGAGAUCUAAAGUUCCACAUCUACAACAUGUGCGGCGGCGACGCGGGGCUGGGCACGGAGCGGGCGCGCUUCUACGCCGGCCAGGUGGCGUGCGGGCUCGACCAUCUGCACAAAAUGGGGAUUGUAUACAGAGACUGCAAGCCGGAGAACAUCCUUCUCGACGACCAGGGCCACGUGCGCAUCUCGGACCUGGGCCUGGCCGUGGACGUGCCCGAGAACGGCUCCGUGCGCGGCCGCGUCGGCACCGUCGGCUACAUGGCCCCCGAGGUGAUAGACAACGAACGCUACACAUUCUCCCCGGACUGGUUCUCGUUCGGCUGUCUCGUGUACGAGAUGAUCGAGGGCCGCGCGCCCUUCCGCGCGCGCAAGGAGAAGGUCAAGAGGGAGGAGGUCGACAGGAGAGUCAAGCACGAACCAGAAAAGUACUCCUCAAAGUUCACCGAGUGCGCUCGUUCACUCUGCUCGGCUCUCCUCGCCAAGUCCUGGUCCUCAAGACUGGGGUGUGGCGCGGGGCGGCGCGGCGCGGACACGGUGCGGGCGCACAGGUUCUUCAGGACCCUGAACUGGACGCGGCUCGAGGCUGGGAUCAUACCCGCGCCGUUUGUGCCCGAUCCGCACGCAGUAUACGCCAAAGACGUGCUCGACAUCGAACAGUUCUCGACAGUGAAAGGCGUAAAUCUAGACGCGGGAGACGACACAUUCUACGGCAAGUUCAACACCGGGUCCGUCAGCAUUCCGUGGCAGACAGAGAUGAUAGAGACGGGAUGCUUCGAUGAAUUGAACCUGUUUGUGCCAGGUGAAGACAACAAAGAAGGCCCUACUCUAGACCUGCAGCUGUCGCCGCCGCCGCCGCCCGCUGAGCGGACGGGCUGCUUCAUGUUCGCGAGACGAAUGCUCUGCCCCCAGAAGAAGGUCCCGCCCCGCCUGCGCCCCGUGCCCGUGCCGGAGCACCUGCUGCCCGCGACCAGCUGACCGCCUCGCGACCAAUCACAGAACGACGAGGAUUAACGAACAGCCAAUGAGGAUUAAGGAAGAUCAGAAGAUGAAAAACAAGUGAAAACAGUGUCGCUGUCAAAAGUUUCCUCGUAGUGGCCGCUAGAUGGCGCCUGAAAGUUAAAUUUUAGGGAUACUAUGUAAAAUAUACCUACUAGGGCCGUCACACGUCGACACUAACUAUAUUACAGCCAAUGAGGAUUAACGAACAGCUAUAAAGAUCAGAAGAAGGAGAAAUAAGUGUGGUGGUAUGAUUCGCGACCACUCACAUAACGACAAUCAUUAUGUUAAUGCUAAUACAGAUCAAUAGAAGAAGAAAACCAGGGAAAAACGUGUCGCUUACAAAAGUUUCCUGGUAGUGACCGCUAGUUGGCACCAUUUUGUAGGUAUGUGGGAAGUUAACAUACAUAUAUACAUAUACUAGGACUAAAGCUGGUCUAGUAAGUAUACUAUAACAGUUUUGUUAAAGUAAAUAAGUUUGCGUGAGCAUACAGUCAUAGCGACAUAACGAUAAUAAUACACACAUAUAAUGCUCAACAGCUCUAUAUCCCGUUCCACGGGGAAAGAAAUCUCUGACAGAACCUUUAUUACAUUCGAAUAAGGGUAGUUUUUUGUAUCAGAUGUCUUUCCCCGUGGAAUGGCAUAUAGUGGUCGAUAUGAUGAAACAACUGACAGGAGGUAUAGGCGAAGAAUACAAAAAUGCUAACUAAAUACGGAGAUCAGAACAUCCCGUAAAUAACAGGGUCUCCCGUUAUAAAGUCAUAAAAAGAAAACAUUAUUCACACCAUGUAAUAUUUAUAUGAAUGAUUAAAAUAAUAUAAAGAUAAUGUGAACUCCAAUCAUGUUACAAAUCCCUGAGGCAUUUGAAUUGAAUGCAGAAUUAAGUCUUAAGUACUUUAAAAGCCGCUGGCGGAAUAAAAACAUUAACCAAUCACAGUUGUUUAGUCUACUGCGCGCUGAUUGGCUAAUCACACUUGCGGCACAGUACAGUUUGAAUAGAUCUUUAUUUGUGCGUCGUAAGAUUUAAAUUCGAUGCGCGAGUUUUGCCUAUGUAGUCUUCCUCUGGUGACGUAUCUAAUUGGACUUUUUCAUCAAAAUGCCGUAUAUAAAACUACUAGGAUUAAAAAUAAAACUUUAACGUACACUAACUUAACGAAUAGUACAAUGUUAGUUACGCAAUCUUUCUAAAUAAAUCUCACUUUCGGUGUCAAAUAAUUUUGUAAAAAGCGUAGUGUAAGCCUUUGUGAAAUAGCUAUUCUACCGUGUCUAGUUAUUUAGCGAAACGACUAGGCGGAACGGAUAUCGUUAAAAAAUUUGCCGUACAUAUUUGACUUUAUAAACUUUUGACCUGUAACUCGGAAUUUUCGCUUACUAAAGUAACUUUUUAAUGUUUCUAUUUAAAUAUAAGCAUUACUGACUAUUAAUUGUUAUGUUACCGGGACUUUUUAAUGGAUGACUGAUCUUAAUCAUUGUUAAGAAAUAAAUAAAGUGCAUUUAGAUAAACGUAACAUUUAGACGAAGUAUUAAAUGAACAAAAAUCUUUUUUUAUAUAUUACUUACAUUUUAAGGGUAUUUUUCGUAAACACUUUGAAUGAUAUUAUGAUAAUCGUUUGUAUAUUAUGUUCAUAGCUGAUGGAGAGUGGAAUCCGUCGAUUUUGUAAUCUGGCGGAUGUCAAAGUCUUUAUAAGUCAAAAUAGCCAUAGGUUAAAUAAAUAUAGUUAUAUAAA